UUUAUUCUUUGGACAGGGAUUGGGGAUGCUAUGGUAUGGGUCUCGCGGGCUAAGUAUUAAUGUUGUUUGGGGCGCUGGCGUUGUUAACUCUUGGUAAAGCUGGGCGAGAUGUCAUUUUGAAAGCAUUUCUAGCUGAUCAACUAUGGAGAUCUAACGAAGAAACAAACGAAGAGAAUGAAAAACUUAUAGAGACACGUCGAAAAAUUAUUUGGAGAGUUUGUUGGAUUUUGGGUAUAAUUAUAGCAACUGUAGGCUCUCAAAUACAGAGUGGGAGGUGCUUGCAAAGAUAUGUACAAUCGCAAUGGUAGCAGGAUUUUCUCUAUUCUUUUUAGGCAUCCCAUUUUAUGAACGCAAGAAACCUUCUCCUAGCCCCAUUCUUGAUUGUUUCAAGGUUGUUAAAGCGGCACUAUCAAAGAUUCAUCUUGAUUACCCAGUUUCUCCAAGUCAGUUGUUCAGGAAUAACACAAGUGACACAGAGAUUCUUCCUAAUAUUGCACUCCUCAGAUGGUUAGACAAAGCUGCCAUUUUGGAACCAUCGCCUCUAGUAUCAAUAGAGCAAGCUGAAAAUGCAGGCAGACUUGUUGAGGUAGCAAAAGUUAAGGAUGUGAAGCGCUUGAUGAGUAUGUUUCCUCUUUGGUCAACUUUCUUUGUAUACAGUCUCGUAGGAGCUACAGCGAAUACUUUCUUUUACGAACAAGCUAAUGUCAUGGAUGACCAUCUUGGAAAGAAAUCUCAUGUCCCACUAGUAAUAUUUGUUAUUAUCAAAACCUUCACAAGUUUCGUUGUAUCACACAUAUGUGAAUUGCUCAAGAGCGCCGUAGGAAGUACACGACGUCCUCCACUAUGCAGAACUACAUUUGGAAUGUUAUGCUCUUUUCUUUGUUGCCUAGUUGCUUGGCGGGUCGAAAAAUACAGACAUGAUGAUAUGGAGAUAAGGGUGGACGAGGAUAAUGUAGAGUUUAACGUUAAUGAAAUGAGUGUUUUUUGAUUAAUACCUCAGUUCGUCUUGGUUGGCCUCAUGGAUGGACUUUCAUCGAGUGGGCUCCAAGAUAUCUUUGAAACUCAAGUUUGUGAGUCAAUGAAAGGGCAUGAACCAGAGUUCAGCGAAUUCUUCACUGGCAUUGGCAAAUUCGUCAGUGUGAUCUUCAUCCUUAUUUUUAGAUCUUGGUUUGAGGAAGACGUGAACACAAGUCGCUUGGACAAGUACUAUGCUAUCUUAAUGAUUCCUGCCUUCCUUAACUUUCUUUUCUGUUGGUUUCUAUGCUGUUGGUAUUUGAGACAGCCAUAUUUUGACAGCGAUAACAAUGAUGCUGCUCAAGAAUUAGAAGAUGGUAUUGUAGAAGUCUUGACAAAUGAGAACACUGACUUUGACAUUGCUCAAGAAUUAGAAGAUGCUGUCAUAGAAGUCUUGACAAAAGAGAACACUGACUUUGACAUUGCUCAAGAAUUAGAAGAUGCUGUCAUGGAAGUCUUGACAAAGGAGAAUUCUGGCUUUGACAUUGGUCAAGAAUUAGAAGACGGUAUCAUAGAAAUCUUGACAAGUGAGAAUUCUAGCUUGACUCCAUCUACCAAUAAUUGAUAUGUUACAAAACACGAGCUAAAGUCAAAGAGCUAGCCCAUGGGUCACUAAAACUUCAAUUUGGAUCUUUGAAA